UUUCUCCAUCAGAAUCAGAGACAACAGCUGGAGCGGUCUCACUCAGGUGUUCUCUGAGGAGCUUCAGCUCUUCUUGUCCAGUGGACAGCCUCCGUUGGUUGGAUGAGACUGGAACAGAGCUGACUGAUGGAGCUGACGGCUACGAGGUCAGAAGACAAACGAACUGUGUUUCUGUUCUUACGACGACCCGUUGGAGCGACUGGAACAGAGCUUUCAGCUGUCGCUUUGUUGAAGGAGACAGCGUCAUGAUAGACGCUCACUACACACCUGUCUCUGCAGGCACCGGCAGAGGAGCAAACGUCUUUCUGUACCACAGAGCUGGAGAUGAAGCCGUCCUGCCGUGUGGCGUUCCUUCGUCCUCCUGCUCCCGCUCCACUCUCAGAUGGUUUUACAACAGAGGUUUGGAAACCGAGGUUCAGGUGGAGGUUAAAAAUGGAGAAGUUCUUCAGGGUUCUGGUCGAGCUGGCAGGCUGAGCGUGAGCCGCUUCUGCUCUCUGAUCAUCACCAACAUCAGAGCUGAGGAUGCUGGACGCUACAUCUGCUGGCUGGAAGGAAACUUCCAGCAGGACUUUGUGUAUCUGAGUGUUUUGACCAUUUCUUCAUCAGAUAUUGGUGGGAAUGUCUCACUGCAGUGUUCUCUGAGGAGACACGCUGGAGCCGGUCCCUGUCCAGUGGACGGCCUCCGCUGGGCGGACGAGACGGGAGCUCAGCUGCUCCGUGAAAAUGCUUGGUUCAGUUCAGGAGAACAGAGUAACUGUGUUUCCAACCUGACUGUGGAGCCACAGAUCAGCCGAAACAGAACCUUCAGCUGCCAAUUUGUAGAAGACAACACAGUGAAGAUAGAAGCUCACUACACACCUGUCUUCACAGAUCCCAGAGUCCAGUCUCCUCUAAAGUCCAUCAYGUGGACUCUGCGCCUCGCAGGACUGAUCCUAAUGAUGGGAGUCACUGUUGGUCUCAUCAGAACCAGAGGAUGCAAGAAGCCGCUGAAAGAGUCUAACGUUCAUUCUGGUGCUGAUGAGCACACAGUCAACUAUAAAAAUGUUGGACAGAGUCCUGCUGCUCCCACACUCAGCUGAACUUCAUCACAUC